ACAGGAGUGUGCACAACCAAUUCAAAGCACAUUAAGCAAGAAAUAAAAGGGCAUUUUUUCAAUUAUGUUGAAACUUUUACUAUUCGCCGCAAUAAUAGCAUUCUUCAAUUAUCCAUCAAAAACUUUAGCUCACGAACAUGUCCAUGGUGUACAACCAUUAUCGAAGAUUGAUAUUCUGAGUACAACUCUAGCUCUUCACAAAAAGGCUUCUAUUAAAGUUUCUCCUGCUUUGCUUGGUUUGAAGAAUGAGGAUACUGAAUGGGUUACAGUGGAGCUCCAAUCUCCCCAUCCGUCUCCAGAUGACUGGAUUGGAAUAUUUUCCCCAGCAAAUUUCAAUGCGUCUGCAACUUGUGAAGAAGUUGGAAACACAAGAGUUCAACAACCAUUUAUUUGCACUGCACCCAUUAAGUACCAGUAUGCAAAUUACUCCAAUUCGGAUUAUACAAAAACUGGAAGAUCCACAUUGAAGUUUCAACUUAUCAAUCAACGAGCUGAUUUCUCCUUUGCACUAUUUUCUGGUGGAUUAUCUUCUCCAAAGCUAGUUGCACUUUCAAACACCAUAUCAUUUGCAAAUCCUAAAGCACCAGUCUAUCCACGUCUUGCUCUUGGGGAGACAUGGGAUGUGAUGACAGUAACAUGGACAAGCGGCUACGAUAUAGAUGAAGCAGUCCCUUUUGUUGAGUGGGGUCUUCCUGGUGCUGCUACCAUGCGAUCACCUGCAGGAACAUUGACAUUUACUCGCAACCAAAUGUGUGCUGCACCUGCACGGACUGUUGGUUGGCGUGAUCCUGGAUUUAUACACACUAGCUUCUUAAAGGAUUUGUGGCCCAAUACCGUAUAUUCAUAUAGGAUGGGUCAUAUAUUAUCAAACGGUUCAUAUAUUUGGAGCAAGAUGUAUAAAUUUAAGUCAGCUCCAUUUCCAGGACAAAGCUCCUUACAACGUGUUGUUAUUUUUGGUGACAUGGGCAAGGCAGAACGUGAUGGAUCAAAUGAAUAUGCAGAUUACCAACCAGGAUCAUUAAACACCACAGAUCAGCUCGCUAAUGAUAUCGAUAACAUUGAUGCCAUCUUCUUGAUCGGAGACAUGCCAUAUGCCAAUGGAUACAUUUCACAGUGGGACCAAUACACCGCGCAAGUAGAGCCACUAGCAUCAGCUGUGCCCUUCAUGGUCGCAAGCGGUAAUCAUGAGCGUGAUUCACCAAAUUCUGGAUCAUUCUACGACACUGAUGACUCAGGAGGUGAAUGCGGUGUCCCUGCGGAGACAAUAUUUUACGUUCCUGCAAAAAACAGAGCUAAGUUUUGGUACUCUGCAGACUAUGGAAUGUUCCAUUUUUGCAUAGCAGACACAGAACAUGAUUGGAGGGCAGGAACUGAACAAUACAAAUUCCUCGAGGAAUGCCUUGCAUCGGCAAAUAGGCACAAACAACCUUGGCUAAUUUUUGCAGGUCAUAGACCACUAGGCUACUCCUCUAAUUCAUGGUUUGGCCUAGAAGGGUCUUUUGAAGAGCCAAUGGGAAGGGAUGACCUUCAAAAGUUGUGGCAAAAGUACAAAGUUGAUAUUGCAUUUUGGGGUCAUGUUCAUAAUUAUGAAAGAGUGUGCCCUAUAUACCAGAAUCAAUGUGUGAACAAGGAGAAAUCUCACUACUCAGGAGUUGUAAACGGCACAAUCCAUGUAGUUGCAGGAGGGGGAGGAAGUCAUUUGUCACAAUUUAGUACAUUAAAGACAGUUUGGAGUAUUUAUCAAGACUAUGAUUUUGGUUUCACCAAGCUCACAGCAUAUAACCAUUCUUCUUUGUUAUUUGAAUACAAGAAGAGCAGUGAUGGAAAGGUCUAUGAUUCUUUUACCAUCUCUAGAGAUUACAAAGAUGUGUUGGCUUGUGUUCACGAUGGUUGUGAAGCCACCACUUGGGCAACUUAACAGAAAGGACCUUACCUUAAUAAAAUGGCAAACAAUAAGUUUGUUAGUAGUUCUUGUUGGAAGGAGGAAUAAUUGUGGACUUAAUGUACAAGUGGCAUUAGAAGGAAAGAACUCUAGGUCUUUUCUUUAUUUAUUAUUUAAAAGAACUCUAGAUCUUUAACAACGAUUGAAUUGUAAUUGUUAUUCAUUGUUUGGAACUCUUUCAUUGAA